AUGGCUCAGAUAACUCUCACCAAUAAUCCAACCAGCUCCGCACUUCACCAGUCACUUGUAUCCACUCACGAAUAUGAGUUGAAUCAGUCGGACUCGGUUGAUUUUUGCUACAAUUUGAUUAGAGAUAUCUCGUCAAACCUUUCGAAUUCAGAGAUUGUGGAUAUUUUUGCUUCAUUACAAGAACGGGAGAGCAAAUUACCAUUCUCUUUCAAUGACCUUGAGGGCACCGAUAUCCAAGGCUUGAAGUGGCCUUCGGAUAAAGUUAAGCUUAAGUUUGAGCUCGAUAGAAUGCGCAUAGGAAACCUUAUCGGUGAAUAUAGUAAAGGGUGGUUUUGCAAUAUCCCAAACUCUAGAGAAAGAGUACGAAAAUCCCUUAAUCUCUCAGCUUAUGGAACCCAAACCAAUUUCUUUGAGUUUAGCAAAUUUUAUAGUAGGCUCAAGCUUGACAUUAUACAUUUUCAGUUAAGAAACCUUGUGGCCUGUGGACUGGAUAUUACGAGGGGUAUCUAUUACCCUCUGAUAUAUUUCAGAGAUAGCCAGUUACAAGUGCUGCCUACGAGCAUAUUUCGGGAACGAGAAUUGGACCCUGAUAUGUACCACCAGUUUUUCAAAGUUAAUAGACUCUCUCCAGAUACCAAUUCAAUCACCACUAUUCGUGAGCCCAUGAAAUUGGAUUGUCUUUUGGAUUCUCAUUCCCUUUCACAGAACUACUGCAGUAGUAAGGUGUCUACAUUAACAUGUACUGAUAGCCUAUUGAUUUGUGGGACAUUCGAAGGAGGCUACAUUUUGAUUGACACCGAGGCAGAACCGGGUUUGAAAAAUGUAAUAGGUGAACAUACCGUGGCCAGUAAAGUCGAUGGAAUAACGAAUCACGUUGUGAUUAAGGAGGAACAAAACGAGCUAUGCGUUGCAUCUAACGAUAAGUUUAUACGGCUAGUUGAUUUGAAUAGGAGUUCUAGCUACAAAGCAAAAGUGAAAGAAACAUAUGAAUUACCAUUCCUGGUAAAUUGCCUUGCAGUGAACAAGGCAAAUCCGUAUGAAUUACUUUUCACUGGUGACGAUGUUAAUUCGUAUAUAAUAGAUACCAGACAGAAUAAUGAUAGCAAGACCAUUAGCAAUGGCAUGACGCUAAAGGGACAUGAAGAUUAUGGGUUUAGUUGUGAUUGGUCACCCACAAAUGAGAAUCUACUUGUUACUGGGAACCAAGAUGGAAGUAUAAAGUUAUGGGAUAAGAGAAAACUAGGGGAAAACAGUUUAUAUACAUGGGACAGCUCCUUAGGAAGGAGUUGUCUUGGCAAUGAUGGAAUUGAUUCCAUAAGAGGCGGCCCUGUUAGAAAUACGAAGUUCAGCCACAAUGGAGAUUACAUUAGCUGGGCAGAAAGCUUAGAUCAUGUAGGUAUAAUACCUACUCAGGAAUUACUAGAGAAUAAUUCCGGUAGAUUGAAUAGAGUUCAAUCAAUAGACUUUGUGGGAAAAUGCAUAGGGAUCAAUUUUGCUCCCAUUGACAAUGAAUGUGGUGAAGAGCUAAUCAUUGGGGUUAACGAUAAACCAUUAGGAGGAAUACUUAGUUAUAGAUUGGGAAGUAAGAGCAAGUCUCUAGACUUUGACUUUCACUUCUGA